AUGAAUCUUAUCCUGUGCGUUUUCCUAAAAGCCAUAGUGACAUGGUGUGCCGCGGGGAAGUUGAACCUGAAUCUUUUUUCGAACCUCGUUGAUAUAGAUAAGCAAUUUUUGGAGGUCCAUAAAAAUGAGUUAAUAGCAAAGUACGUUGGUGACGAGGACUACAUGGUGUAUGAACAUAUUAGGAAGGACAUGUAUUUAAAAAAGAACUACGUUGAAGUGAUAAUCCGGGGUGAUUUGAAGAACAAGGGUGAUAAGAGCGUCGACAGCUUUGUCUUCUUGCUUCCCUACCACGAGGCCUUUCAGGCCACCACCCUCCGCGUGAGAGACCAGAACGAGGGCGAACUGCGGUACCAAAUCCUGCAGGAACCGAGGCGUGACGCCAGCGAAAUUCAAGUGGACCCCUUCAAUGAGGACUACGACUUGGAGCAAUUCCAAGUGAAGGCAUACAGGGUGACCCUAAAAAGGAGAUUGCACAAGGAUGAAAAGGUCUCUCUGCAUUUUGGAUAUGCCCUGGGACAGCCCUACUUUCCAUUCCCUGUUGAUAUAUCCCCAGAGGAAGGACAGAAAGUGAUGUUUUAUCUUUCCUCGAAAAUUCUCUUACCCUACGAUGUAGAAGAGAAGGAAGAAUUAAAAAUAUUCUUGUGCAAAAAUUGUUCCAUCGUGAGGAUAGAGGAUGGCGAUUUUUUGCGGAGCUUCGUAAAGUUCAAUAAUGACACGUAUGUUUGUGAGAAGGGGGGAGAAAGAACAAUGGGCGAACUUCCCCAUGGAGGGGAAGAGGCCGUCCGAAAUGAUCAAAACGAGUUCGUUGCAAAGGGGAGCGAACUGGGCCGCUUCACGCUCGGGCAUAAAGCCCUGUUCUACUUCCGAUCCAACAACCACCUAGGCUACUUCGAGCGAGUUACCAAGGAUAUAAAAUUAUCUCAAUUGGGUUUUGUAUACGAACGGGAAGAAUACAUCCUGCGCAACGACGCGGGAAGGAUACAAACAUUUGAUAGGUACCUUCUUAGCGAUUACGAAAAUAGACACACGUCGGAGGAGAAAGGGACAGACAGACACACACACACACACAGAGACGAUCAGUCCACCACAAUUAUUUACUCCAUGAAGUCGAAAAUAAAUUACGACAUAUAUGAUUAUGAGUACUUCGACGACCUCGGCAAAAUAUAUCUCAUCCAAGCGGAAGAAAUCUUUGAUCAUAAAAAAAAAAAAAGCCACAUUCAGUUUGACUUGCGCCCCAGGUACCCCCUUUUGGGUGGAUGGAGAGCUCACUUUUUUAAUGCCUUUUAUCAUGAGUCCAAUUUGUACAGAAUUAAAAACAAGGAAAAUUAUUAUGCAUACAAAAUUGAUAUUUCCCCAUCUAUUAAGUCAUUUUUUAUAAAGCAGCUGAAGGUCAGGAUUUCGCUGCCCCCCUUCUCUGACGACGUUGCAGUUGUUUCCAGGGACGACAGUGUUAAUGUCCUGACCAGCAAACAGAAGGACUGGCUCGAUUUGUUUUCCUUCCGAAAUGUCGUUGAAAUUCAAAUCGACAAAUUCUUCCCCCCAAUGGACGAGAACUACUACCACGAUUUUCUCGUCAUGUACAAGUUUAAGUUUUUCAAACUUUUUUGGAAACCCCUCUUGGUCAUACUUAUCACGUUCGCGGCGAUCCUCCUGCUCUGCCUCUUGCGCGAGCUCCCCUUCGACUUCAACACGGCGAAGGAGAACGCGGACAAGAAGGAAAGCGAAGAGCGCGCCACCUUCCGCGAGAAGUGCAAAGAGCUGUACGAGAAUUUGUCCUACAUAUCAGACCAACUGAUCCAGUCGAUGAGCAACCUGACCCCCGAGGAGAAGAUCAACCAGAAGGUGCAACUCUUGGAAGCAGAAGAUAAAUGGACAUACGAUUUUAUCUACUUGACGAAGGAAUUCUACACAAAUUUCGAGAGUUGCUCGAGAAAGCAUUCGCUGCAGAAUUACGUGGACAAGUGUUUCAAUUAUCACGCCAUUGUGAAAAAGUACUUUGAGGCGCAGCUGCACAACGACUUGAACUCCAACCUGAACGAAGUCGCCCAGGCGGAGAAGGAACUCUUGCUUCUGUUAAAUCAUUCCAACGAGAGACGGUGCAAAAUGGGACUCGUAUUCCUUUUUGCUCCCCUGUUCACCCUCUUCGUGGCUUUGUUGCCGCCCCCAAUUUUGUGUCUACCUCCAUUUAGCGCCCUUAAAAAUGGCGGGGGGAAAAAAAACUUAAGUAACGUCCCCCCCCUGGAGCACACCAGCAAGAAGCCCCUUCUCUUUAGCGAAAUAAAAUUGAAAAACCGAUUUAGAAAUGACGUAAAGGGGUUCAUACAAAACGUGAGGUCCUUUCACGACAUCAUAGAGCACAAGACUCCAAACUCGUUGUUGUAUGUGCAGGAGGACUUACUCAAUUUUCACAACAGCCAGUUUAUUGGGGACAUAGAGAUUGGCACUCCUCCGCAAAGUUUUAAGGUCGUGUUCGACACGGGGUCCAGCAACUUCGCCUUGCCUUCGACGAAAUGUGUCAAAGGAGGCUGUGCGUCCCACAAGAAAUUCAACCCCGACCGGUCCAGUACCUACACGCAGCAGUUAAAAGGCAAUAAGGAGUCCAUUUACACGUACAUCCAGCACGGAUAUGACGACGUCAAUUUAAAGGGACUGAGGAUCAAACAUCAGAGUGUCGGGCUAGCCAUAGAAGAGUCUUUACACCCCUUUUCGGAAUUGCCCUUCGAUGGGAUUGUUGGCCUGGGAUUUUCAGACCCGGACUUCAGCUUUAAAAAAGGAUAUGGGACGUCCUUAAUAGAGACGAUAAAAAAGCAGAACUUGCUGAAAAGGAACAUUUUCUCUUUUUACGUGCCAAAGAAGUUGCAAGAGCCCGGCUCCAUUACGUUCGGACGAGCUAACAGUAAAUAUGCCCUCGAAGGAAGACAAAUUGAGUGGUUUCCCGUCAUAUCCAUUUAUUUCUGGGAAAUUAACCUGAUAGACGUACAACUCUCCGACCAGAAUUUAAAGAUAUGCGAGAAUAGAAAAUGUAGAGCGGCCAUUGACACUGGGUCCAGUUUGCUAACUGGCCCAUCAAGCCUCAUGCAACCGCUGAUAGAAAAACUGUACUUGGAGAAGGAUUGCUCAAAUAAGAGCAGCUUGCCAAAUAUUUCUUUUAUUUUAAAAAAUGUCGAAGGGAAGGAGGUGAAGUUCGAUUUUACGCCGGACGACUACAUCCUGGAGGAAACUGACGAGGAGGAUAAUUCUGUUCAGUGCGUGAUCGGAAUAAUGUCGCUGGACGUCCCCGCGCCUCGCGGACCCAUCUUUGUCUUUGGCAACGUUUUCAUAAGAAAGUACUACUCGAUAUUUGAUAAUGACCAUAAGCUCGUGGGCCUCAUUGAAGCUCGGCACGACUGGACGUAG